AUGGAAUGUGAAGAAACGAUUAAUCAGACAGUUUUACCCAUUUUCUAUGAGGUUGAUCCUUCGGAUGUGAGAAGACAGAAGGGAGGUUUUGGUGAAGAUGUUGAGAGUCACAGUGAUAAAGAGAAAGUGAGGAAAUGGAAAGAAGCUUUGACGAAAUUGGCUUCUAUUUCUGGUGAAGAUUCUCGGAAUUGGAGGGAUGAGUCGAAGAUGAUUAAGAAGAUUGUUAAAGACAUCUCUGAUAAGUUGGUUUCAAGUUUAUAUGAUGACUCAGAAGAGUUAAUUGGAAUGAGUUCCCAUAUGGACUUUCUGCAGUCUAUGAUGUCUAUGGAGGACGAAGAAGAUGUUCGGAUGGUGGGGAUUUGGGGAAUGGGUGGAGUUGGGAAGACCACGAUUGCUAAAUACUUAUACAAUCAACUCUCAUGUCGAUUUCAAGCUCAUUGCUUCAUGGAGAAUGUGAAGGAAGUCAGUAACAGAUAUGGAGUCAAGCGUUUACAAGGGGAGUUUUUAUGCAGAAUGUUUCGAGAAAAGGAUACAGAAGCAUGGAGCUCGAUUUCUUGUUGCAGCAUUAUAAAGGAAAGGUUAAGGCACAAAAGGGUUUUGAUUGUGCUCGACGAUGUAGAUAGAUUUGAGCAACUGAAUGAACUGGUGAAAGAGAUUGAUUGGUUUGGUCCGGGAAGCAGAAUCAUCGUGACAACACGGGAUAGACAUUUGCUAGUUUCUCAUGGCAUAGAUUUGGUGUAUAAAGUGAAGUGUUUACCCAAAAAAGAAGCUCUCCAGCUCUUUUGUUACUAUGCUUUCAGAAUUGAGAUUAUAAUUCCACAUGGGUUUCAGGAGUUAUCAGUUCAAGCUAUUAACUAUGCUUCUGGUCUUCCACUGGCUCUAAGAGUUUUAGGCUGCUUCCUCUGUCGAAGAAGCCGUAGAGAAUGGCAAAGCACUCUUGCUAGGCUUAAAACUUACCCUCAAAGUGAUAUCAUGGAAGUUCUGAGAGUUAGCUUCGAUGGAUUAGAUGAGCAAGAGAAGGCUAUUUUUCUCUAUAUAUCAUGUUUCUAUAACAUGAAGCAUGUUGAUUAUGUCACAAAACUUCUUGAUAUUUGUGGCUAUGCUGCUGAUAUCGGAAUCACGAUUCUUACAGAGAAGUCUUUGAUAAUUGUAUCAAAUGGAUGCAUAAAGAUGCAUGAUUUACUUGAGCAGAUGGGUAGAGAGCUUGUUCGUCAACAAGCAGCUAACAACCCAGCCCAACGGUUACUUUUAUGGAAUUUGUGA